AUAGUAGUGAGUCACGCGUUUGUCCAAGUGUCAAGUAGUCAGAAGAUUUUAUAGUUCGUUAUAUUUUUACAAUUUUAUAUAAGAAUAUAGUUUACAAGCUGAAAGAUUAAUAAAAUAUGAGUGAUAUAGAAACAAAUGACCGUCCGAAAUGGUUGUUAGAGUUAGAAAAUCGAAAGAGAAAGCCCCGUCUGGCACACGAAGCUGGAGCAGGAGCACCUUGUGUGACUUGUAAAGCAAAAUGUCCAGGCUUAGAUCUACAUUUUUGGAGGAAAAUUUGUAAAAACUGUAAAUGUAGUAAAGAUGAUCAUGAUGUUCAGGAUGAUGAUUUCCCACAAUUUGAUUUGUUAUUUGGAUCUUCAAGAAAGUAUAAGAAGAAACCUAUUAUAUUACAUAUAAACAAUGAAAAAGAACCUACAGAAGAAGCAUUUGAAUGGAUACCACCAGAUACAACAAAAGAACUUGUUAUUGACUAUAUGAAAGCCUUACCUGUAGAAAAGUUGCCCAUCAAAGGAUCAGCUGGUGCAGCUUUGAGAAGACAAUUAUUACAAAAACAGUUGCCUCUUCAUGACAUAGAUCAUAAAGUUUGUGAUAAAUUGAGCGAAGAAGAAAAGAAACAGUUUGAUAAAUAUUUAGAAAACAUAAAAAAAUAUGUUGGACAAGGAACAGUAACAAAGAUAUUAAGUGCUCGUCCGUUUGAUCGGUCGUUAGUAACACCUGUAAAUGCAACUGAUAUGCAACGUUUCAGUCCACAAAAUAAGCCCAGUAUACAGUCAAAUAUACCACAACUACGUACACCAAGUAGUUUUACCCCAAAAAAUACAUAUAAGAAAAAUCAACCAGAAUUCUCUGUUCCUUUAAAAACACUAAGUAGAGGUAGUAAUAUCAAGAGUACUCCAGCAUUUGAAAAAUAUAAUAUAAUUAAUAAUGAUGGAGAAAUUGCAAAAUCAGAACCACUUAAAAGUGGACUUUAUAACAAAGGCAGUUGCUUAAUUAAUCAUUCAAAGAGUGAUAGUAAUAAUCAAGAGAUAAAUAAACAAAACUUAAUGACUGACAAUUUGAAGUCUUCCAAUACUGCCACAAAUGCAAACAUUAAUUCUGAAGUUACUUCACCUUCAAAUUCAUCACAAUGUUACAAAGAAGCUUACAGAGAUAAAUUUAGAAGCCCAUCUUCAUUUCUAUCACAUUCAGAACCUAUCAAUGACAAUACUGUGGAAACUAUAUUAGCAGAUGCAUUUCUUCCCCCUAGUGCAGUUCAUGCUAAUGAUAUAAUUGGAAGUACUCUAGACAAAAAAGGUUUAAUGUACAUCCGAGAAAAACUUACAAAUAAAUAUAGCAGCCAAGAAAAUCAAGGGCAGAUACCACACAAUACCCCUAACUUUACAAGGGAUUUAGAUUUUGGUAAUCCAUUGUACAAAAGUAAUGAUUCUGAAUCAAAAAAUGUAAAUAUACUUGCAAACGCCAAUGAAGAAAUCAAUAAAACGCCUAUUAUUACUACAACAAAAAAUCCGCCUGAAAUGUUAGCUUUAUCACAAGAUGGGAGAACAAGAAUGGAAAGGACUACUAAUGCGCCUUUGUUAACAAAGGCUGAAAAAGAAAUAAUUAGACCUAGUUCAAAGGCAAUGCAAUCAAAUCUUGUAGAUUUUACUGAAACCAUUAAUCCAGAAAAUUCGCCUUUAUCAAUUUCGUCGCCACAAUCGCAUUUAUCAUCGCUUAGUACCGAUAAUUAUCAAGCAAAAUUAAAUAACAUUACAACACCCUCUACUGUUAUUCAUUCCGAAAAAUUACAAAAUCAAAUAUUUCCUCAUGAUACUGUUGGUAUUACGAAACAAUCAAUGCAAGACUUUUCAAAUAUGGAACCUUUAAAAAACGUUGUGGAAGAAAUAACAUCAGACGCUAUUAAACCACAAAAGUGCCAUAAAUGUGAAGAAGCGAUACGCGUUGGUGAUGUUGCUGUAACUACAGAGAAAGCUAAAAAUAUAGUAUGGCAUCCUGGAUGUUUUGUUUGUAGCAUAUGUAAUGAAUUGUUAGUAGAUUUAGUUUACUUUCAUUAUAAAAACAAAUUAUACUGCGGCAGGGAUUUAGCAACACUUUUAGGAAUUCCUAGAUGUUUUGCUUGCGACGAGCUUAUUUUUGUACGAGAGUAUACCGUAGCAGAAGGCCAUAAUUACCAUGUGAAACACUUUUGUUGCUGGGAUUGUGAUGUUCCUUUAGCUGGAAAACAGUAUAUUACAGAGAAUGAUCGUCCAUUGUGCCUUAUAUGUUAUCAAAAAACAUAUGCGAAAACGUGUAAUAUGUGCGAGAAAGUAAUUGCUGCCGACCAACAAGGUGUUGCUGUAAAAGAUUUAAAUUUUCAUGCAACAGAAACCUGUUUCUGUUGCUACAUAUGUAAAAAGAAUUUACUAAAUGGCAGAAUUGCAGUUAAGGAGAAAAAGAUAUUUUGCAGUAAAGAAUGCAUUACACAAUUUCUACAUUUGCAAACGUAAUGUAUUAAAUUAGCAAAUAUUUAUAUCGUUCUAUUGUUCUUUCAUAAAAGGUAAUACAUUAUACAGCUUUAACUUUUUGUACAUAUUGUUAGUAUAAAACAUAUAUCAAAACAAACAGCGAUUUUAUAUAAUCAUGUAUACAAAAAAUAUAUUUUUAUUAAUAUCUAAA